AUGCCUGGCCAGAUGAACUACUCCCCUAGCGGGGCUGCCAACGGAGGAGCACAUAACAAUGACAAGCUUCCAGAGGAGUUGGUGGAUGAGAUGCAAAGACUCUUCGGCAAACAUGCAGGUUACAGGACAACUCAUGCCAAAGGCCUUCUCGUAGAAGGAACAUUCACUCCAACUGAGCAAGCCAAAACACUUUCAGUAGCCUCCCACUUCAACGGUACCUCAACUCCAGUUAUAGCCCGCUUCUCUGUGGGUGGUGGCAUACCACACAUCCCUGAUGUCGAUGAUGGCGCUACACCAAAAGGCCUUGCUGUUCGCUUUCUUAUUGACGAGCAUACACAUACCGACCUCCUCAGCCACACUUUCAACGGCUUCGCCUCUCGAACGGGCGAAGAUUUCCUAUCUUUUCUCCAAGUCUUUCGUGCUUUCCAGACCACCAAAGCCAUGCUCGACAAAGCUAAUGCUGCAGGAGGUGAUAUAAUCAAAGAAGCAGCGGCUUUCAAGGCAGCUGCAGCACCUUUCCAGGCCUUCCUGGCCAGCCACCCUUCGGCGGCCACGUUUGUGAAUUCACCCAAGCCCAACCCCUUCAACUAUGGAACCAUCACAUACUACGAGCCCAAUACACAUAUCCUGACCAACAAAGACGGCAAAAUCACAAACGUUCGCUACCGUCUGGAUCCCGCAGAUGGCCAACACCUUUACCCCAACGAUCCCUCACAGCUGAAGGUGCUAGGACAAAGCUACCUCGAAGAAGAUCUGCAGCAGCGCUUUCCUUCUAAGCCUAUCAUCUUCACCAUCCAGGCACAUAUUGCGAACUCCGACGACGUGCUCGACGACGCAACUGUUCCCUAUAAAAGCACAACGUUUGUGCCAGUGGGCAAGUUGGUGAUCGACAAACUCUCAGAGGACAACGUUGCAAGGCAGCAGCAAAUUGCUUUCAGUCCCACGCCGGAUCUUGGUGGAAUCAAGGGUAUCAAGGCGUCAGCUGAUCCGUUGAUCCAAGCGAGAAAAGGGGUUUACUACAUCAGUGCUGACCAGAGAAGGCAUGAGAAGCAAGUAGAGUAG